GGCUGCAGGCAGGCUGGCACAAAGGUUGAUUGCCCCUCAUCAACAUACGCCACCUCGAGUGGCCCACCCUCUCGAGAUACAAAACCUUUCACUCCUCUUCCCCCCCCUCUUUCUGAUUUUUUCUCUCCUUGUCCCGCAUACCGAAGAUACAAGCUAUCACAUCUGCGACACACCUACAAACAAACCAAACAAUCUACGAUCCAACACCGCAAUCAUGGGCAAGGACGACAAGACUCACAUCAACGUCGUGGUCAUCGGCCACGUCGACUCUGGAAAGUCGACCACCACUGGUCACUUGAUCUACCAAUGCGGCGGAAUUGACAAGCGAACCAUUGAGAAGUUCGAGAAAGAGGCAGCUGAGCUCGGAAAAGGAAGUUUCAAGUAUGCCUGGGUUCUGGACAAGCUGAAGGCCGAGCGUGAGCGUGGUAUCACCAUUGAUAUCGCCCUCUGGAAGUUCGAGACCCCCAAGUACCACGUCACUGUCAUUGACGCUCCCGGUCACCGUGAUUUCAUCAAGAACAUGAUCACUGGUACUUCCCAGGCCGACUGCGGUAUCCUGAUUAUCGCUGCCGGUACUGGUGAGUUCGAGGCUGGUAUCUCCAAGGAUGGCCAGACCCGUGAGCACGCUCUGCUCGCCUACACCCUCGGUGUCCGCCAGAUCAUCGUUGCUAUCAACAAGAUGGACACGGCCAAGUGGGCUGAGGCUCGUUACCUUGAGAUCGUCAAGGAGACCUCCACCUUCAUCAAGAAGGUCGGCUACAACCCCAAGACCGUCCCCUUUGUCCCCAUCUCCGGCUUCAACGGUGACAACAUGUUGGCUGCCUCCACCAACUGCCCCUGGUACAAGGGUUGGGAGAAGGAGACCAAGGCCGGCAAGUCCACUGGCAAGACCCUCCUCGAGGCCAUUGACGCCAUCGAGCCCCCCAAGCGUCCCUCCGACAAGCCCCUCCGCCUUCCCCUCCAGGAUGUGUACAAGAUCGGUGGUAUUGGCACGGUUCCCGUCGGCCGUAUCGAGACUGGUACCCUGAAGCCCGGCAUGGUCGUCACCUUCGCCCCCGCUGGUGUCACCACUGAAGUCAAGUCCGUCGAGAUGCACCACGAGCAGCUCACCGAGGGCCUCCCCGGUGACAACGUUGGUUUCAACGUCAAGAACGUGUCCGUCAAGGACAUUCGCCGUGGCAACGUCGCCUCUGACUCCAAGAACGACCCCGCCAUGGGUGCCGCCUCUUUCGAUGCCCAGGUCAUCGUUCUCAACCACCCUGGUCAGGUCGGUGCCGGUUACGCUCCCGUCCUCGACUGCCACACCGCCCACAUUGCCUGCAAGUUCGCUGAGCUCAAGGAGAAGAUCGACCGCCGUACCGGCAAGUCGACCGAGGAGGCCCCCAAGUUCAUCAAGUCUGGUGACUCUGCCAUCGUCAAGAUGAUUCCCUCCAAGCCCAUGUGCGUUGAGGCUUUCACUGACUACCCCCCUCUGGGCCGCUUCGCCGUCCGUGACAUGCGCCAGACCGUCGCCGUCGGUGUCAUCAAGUCCGUCGAGAAGGCCGCUGCUGGUGCCGGUAAGGUCACCAAGUCCGCUGCCAAGGCCGCCAAGAAAUAAGUGUGUUGAGACAAUCUUGUCCUGAAAAAGAACAUCACUUUGCUCUACGACGAAAUGAAUUUUAACGUUUUGGGGGCACAUAAUGAGGAAAUGAUGGCUGGGUUAUACCGGUGUCGCGCUCAUCGUGUGCUGGGAGCAAAAGAUACUCUAGAGUAGAGGUCAAAAUGAAUUCCCUUUGUCACACAAUUGAAGUCUCUUGGUAUGUCUUGAUUAUAC